AUUUAUCAAUAAACGCUGUGAUGUCUAUUCUCAGUAAAUAACAUUGGUAUCCAUACCAACGUAUCGUCAGGAACUUCUUCCAACACGAAAUUCGUGUCUUUUAAGGCUUCCGUAACUGUCCUGCAAGUUGCUAUGUGAGCAUUUCAACUCGGGGAGAUCAGACAAUCCUCUAAGUGACACGUUUGUAAUAAUGAAAUGCAAAAAGUACUUGGUAAUUUUAUGACUUAUUGAGAACAGGAGUAUGUCUGCUCAUCUUCCUACAAUGGAUUCAAAUGGAAAAGAAGGAUCUAGUGCUACUUUGAAUAAAGGAUCUAGUGCUACUCUGAAUAAAGGAUCCAAUGCUACCCUGAAUAAGAGUGAAGUCACUCUGAACAGAUCCCAGUUGACAUUAAACCGGGCUUCGAUCGAUGGUUCACAAACUGUUCAAAACGUCCAAAGCAAACCAGGUUCAAGAAUGACAGUUGACAAUGUCAGUCUCCCGCCAAUAACACCAACCAAAAUGGAGACCCCGAAACCGUCGCCAUCUGUAUACACAAACGGAAACGAGAAUCGGGCCAUUUCUCCAGACAUUAAUAUGGAAGCGAUCGGUGCCUCCAUGAUUUCUCUGAGAACUGACGAAGUUGAAGUAUCUAAAUGUCCCAUCUGUGCACGGGAGCUAAACUCACCAAAAUGCCUCCCUUGCCUACACACCUUUUGUGAAGCUUGCGUAAGUAGACACGUAGCUACAUCUCUGUCGCAGGGUAAAGCAGUUCAGAUUCGAUGUCCAGUCUGUGCCACGCCUGUCUCUAGCGCGCGUGCCAUCACGGAUCCAAUGGAGUUCUCAAAAUCUCUUCCUACCAACCAUUUUAUAUCCUCUCUGAUGGCAGAAAGAUUGUUAAAGCAGAAACUUUGCAAACCAUGUCUAAAAACGCAUAAAAAUACUCCAGCUAUCACCUGGUGUUCUUACUGCGCCGAAACGUUGUGCAAAGAACACGAUUCUUACCAUCGUGGGUUAACCUCACCGGACGUACACAAAACGGUAGCAAUUGAAAACGUACAGAAAGAUAAAAUGAUUUUGUAUGCCCCUGGUCUUUGUCCAAACCAUUCUGAUGAAAAGCUGGUCUAUUUUUGCCACGAUCACCGCGAAACAUGUUGCGAUGUUUGCAAGAAAACUGUCCACAAAAAUUGCGAGGAUGUGGUCACUACAGAAGAAGCUGCUAAUGCAUUAAAGAGUACCAAAGAAACACAUAUUCUCUCUCAGAUGCUGAAAUCCAUAAAUGCCCAAACUGAUGAAAUCGUUCAUGGUAGGAAAGAAAACAUCAAAUUGCUCGAGGAGGAAAAGAACAAAGAAGAACAGACUAUUAAAAGUUAUCGAGAAGAAAUUGAUAGACAUUUAGACAAGCUGGAACAGAAUCUUCGAUCAGAGCUUGAAGAAAAGCACCAACAAAAGAUUUCCGAACUAAAAGCAGAAAUGGACUCGUUUGAGACGAAACGAAUGACCGUAGCCUACUACAAGGACCUGCUUCAGGCUUUAAUGAGUUCAUCGUCAGGAAUACAAGUUAUUAACGAACUUGGAAAAGUUGGACAACAAUGUGCCAUAUUAGAAGAAAAGGUACAGCAUCGAGCAGCCAAAGUCAAAAUAGUCAACUACGAAUUGAAGCAAAAUGAUUUGACUGCCAAUCUGGAUUCUUUGGGGUCGGUAGAAUUUAGGUCCACGUCGGUUGUUCCAAACGUAGUCACAGAAGACUGGAAUAAGCUCCGGAGCAAGAAGUCGGUUAACAAGAACAAGCCGCGAGAGAACACUCACGAUUUUAUGGUCAUCAAAUAUUCUCAUAGCAGAAUAACUGGAGGAACGUCGUACAAAUCAAAACUGGUCCUCGUGGACAACACUGGAAGGGAGGUCCGCGGAUACACAGAAAUGGGCCAACGAGAUGAUUCGUUCACAAUAUCAUUCAAAAAGAACCCAUGGGACAUAACAUGCUUACCAGAGAGAGAGGGAAGGGACAUGAUAGCGGUUACUCUUCACAAUGAUUGCGAAAUCCAAGUUAUCGAGUAUGGCGAUAAGGCAGUUUCGGACAAGCAUGUAUACCACACCCGAACCAACUGCUUUGGGAUAGCGUACCUCGAGGGCUUUGUAGUAGUUGCUUGUGUCCAAGGUCUAGAGGUCGCCGAAUUAGUUGAUGAUCAUCGUUUAAUUUAUAGAAAUUUUCUUCGAGUUUGCGGGGAGAAGAUCUACUACGUCUGUUCGGGGGAGAAAAAUCGAGUGUACUAUUCUGAUUCCAUCGACAAAGGCUCGCUAUACUGCAUCACUCUGGACGGAACUGAAAUAUUCCAGUACUCACACGUCAACCUCAGAUCCCCUCGCGGUAUUUCCACGGAUUCGACCGGCAAUGUGUUUGUUUGUGGAUAUUACAGCAACAAUAUUCAUCAGCUGAACGCUGAAGGAGUCUUGAUGCACAUUAUUUCCCCGAAAAGCAAAACUUUCUAUAAGCCCCUUGUCCUCAUUGAACACAAUGAUAGAAUGUACUCUGUAUUUGGCAAACAUAAAGUUAUCGUUUUCACUUGAUCUUCACGAAUACUUUGAAAUAACACGUUAAUGUGACGUUAUUGUACAAUAUAAGUGAAUUCUGGUUUUAUUUUACUUCUUUGAAUGUUUUCUAAACAGGAUUUUUUAUAUACGUAUUGAUAUAUAUGUGCUGUAUGAUUUUUUCCUUCUUUUUUAUCAAAUGAUGCUUUUUCCAUUGGGUUUUUUUUUUUGGUGUUGGCAAAAAACAAAAACAAAACAUACUUUUAUAUGUUAAGAGUGUGCUGCAUAUUGACUACAUUUGUAUUUUGUGAACUUAUGAACGUUCCACGAUACAUUAAAUAAAAACUUAUAUUAAACGGUGGGAUUUAUUAGUUUCGUAAAAAUUGU